AUGUCUGGUCGGGGCAAGGGCGGCAAGGGGCUCGGCAAGGGCGGCGCCAAGCGCCACCGCAAGGUGCUGCGCGACAACAUCCAGGGCAUCACCAAGCCGGCCAUCCGCCGCCUGGCUCGGCGCGGCGGCGUCAAGCGCAUCUCGGGGCUCAUCUAUGAGGAGACGCGCGGGGUGCUCAAGGUGUUCCUGGAGAACGUGAUCCGCGACGCCGUCACCUACACGGAGCACGCCAAGAGGAAGACGGUCACGGCCAUGGACGUGGUCUACGCCCUCAAGCGCCAGGGUCGCACUCUGUACGGCUUCGGCGGCUAA